AUGAAGGUGGACAACCUCGCCCAGUUCAGGUCUUCAACAAACCGUCCAGAAAUUGGAAUGCACGUCGUUCCAGUCCAGCCUAUUAUAGCACAGCAAUCAUUAGGUCGUCUGGUUUGUGCACUCAACGGACUCUUGGAUGAUGACGAACGUAUCUUGGUAUUCUUUUGCUCGCAAGUCGAGGCGGAGACCUUUGCAGUCCUGCACAAAUGUGCAGUCUAUCACAGCAACCUCUGGGCGAACGGAAAUACCAAGGCCUACAACCUCGACCUCUGGGACAGAGGAGAAUCAAAGGUGAUGGCAUGCACCACGGCUUUCGCACAGGGUAUAGACAGAUCCAAAGUUCGAUUCGUGGUUAUCUUCAAACCGGCAUAUGGGCUUGUAGUGAACAACCAAAUGCUGGGUCGCGCAGGUCGUGAUGGAAGGGAGUCCCAUGUGUUUUUUGUCAGCGACGUUACUGGCAUAGCAUCCUUCAAAGGGUCCAAGAGGAAUCAGGACGAAUGCCUGCUGGAGUUGGACCGAGUGGUCCAUGGUCCGGAGUGUCGCCGAUACACCAAUACGGUCUGCAUGGAUGGCGUCGAUCUUGCAACUCGUUGCAAUCAAGAACCUCGUGGCGUCCCUUGCGACAUUUGCGAUCCAGAUAGCCCGAUGCAGCAGUUCGCCAUACAAGCCCUGUCGCAAGAACAAACAUCCAUCUCACACACUCCAGCUGUGCAGGCCCCACCUCCUGCAUUUGUGCCAGCAAGCAGAUUAGCACAAACCAUGGAGAACGCCCCUGAGGACGCUGAACCGGCCCAACCACUGUCGCAGGACAGCGAUGCCCUGUAUGGCAUGGACUCACAGAUAACCUCGUCUCAAGCUCUCGUGCUUGACGCCAUUGAGGUCAUUCACAAGCCCCGCGACAACAUGAAAAACAUCUUCAUGUCCUGCUCGCAGCCUUCUGCGUCAUCCUCUUCAAGACUCCAGCUGCCACCCCCCUCAUCACUUCCCAGUGAUUCCCGUACCUUUGCAUCCAGGGCGGAACAGGUAAAUCAAGCAGCCAUGAGUCGUCUGGCACGAACCUCCCGCCUGAACAGAUAUAUGGAGGCAUUGAGAGAUCACUGCCCCUUUCACUUUGGAAGAAGAGGACUCCGAGUCUUAGAAGCCAGCCAUGCUGCCUGCGAGGAAAUGAGCGAAGUGCCCAUGUCGGAGUACUACCAGUUCAAACGAGCAUUCUCAUUUGCUCCCUUCACUUAUUGCUUUCAGUGCUGCUUACCCCAGUCAAGAAACCACAACGGCGAGGAACCAGCUUGUCAUGCUGGGUUGCUCUACAAGAAAGGGGUGACUUGCCCAUUCUCUGGAUUCAUCUUCAAGACCGUCUUCUGUUUCUGGUCCAGAGAGGAGUUCAGACGUCACUUGAUUCAGGAUGUCAGCCAAGGGGCCCAGCUCUCGACAUUGACCGACUUCAUUGCAUGGGCAGUCCAAGAACAUGCUGAAGAAGGUAAAUACAAUAAUUGUGUCGAGGCUUUCCUCUGGUUCUGCAGCGAGGUGGAGAAAGCAAAGCCUGACUUUUUCAUGUGA